UUCAAGCCAGCGAAAUGCAAAACGUCUUUGAAGCUAGCGGCUUCGCGCAUAAAAUUAUUAAAGAAUAAGAGAGAUGCGCAGGUGAAGCAGCUGAAGAGGGAAUUGGCUCAAUUGCUGGAGUCUGGCCAAGACCAGACUGCCAGAAUUCGGGUACGCAGAAAGAAUUUAAUGCUUUUUCCUCCGCCUUCUUUUGUUGAUAUUGUUCACAAUUGCUAUUUAUUCUGAUCUUCCGCGGCUUGUGAUGAGGAAUUGCGUUGACCUUUAUGCUGUUCUACAUGUUAUGUUAAUUAUGUCCUUUCGAGGUCUGGCUAGGUAUGUUGGCUACUUUCAAGAUUUGGUGCUUCAAGCUAGAGUGAAAUUAGACUAAAAAAAAUUGCUAGGAUGAAAUUGUAUCGGUGGUUAGCUGAAAAUUUUUAAAGUAACUUUUGUAUUGAGGAUGGAGGUAAUUACUGGAAGAACUGGAUGAUCAGUCCAAAGAAUUGCCAAAAUAUUGUGUUAUUUUAUUCUAUGCAAGCGUUAUAGCAUUUUAACUAGUAUUUUAAUUAGGAUGUUGUAUUAGUAGCUCAUUAGGUAAGAGGCAAAUGUUAUUGCGGGAAAUGGCAAUUUACAUGGUUUUUCUGGUGAAACUUCCUCAUUAUUUGUUUCUUAGUCUUGGUGAUCAAAUGCUUGCUUACUAGAGUAGUCUAUAUGGUGUUUAUUGUAAAGUAUACCUGGAUUUCUCUUUGCUUUACAGGUUGAGCAUGUAGUUCGGGAAGAGAAGACAAUGGCUGCAUAUGAUCUUAUUGAGAUAUACUGUGAACUUAUUGUAGCACGUUUGCCAAUCAUCGAGUCACAGAAAUUCCAGAAAUUGUCCCAUUGACUUGAAGGAAGCAAUCGCAAGCCUAAUUUUUGCAUCUCCAAGAUGUGCGGAUGUACCCGAAUUGAUGGAUGUCCGUAAGCAUUUUACAGCAAAAUAUGGGAAGGAAUUUGUCACUGCGGCAGUUGAACUACGUCCAGACUGUGGUGUUAGCCGCCUGUUGGUGGAAAAACUUUCAGCCAAAGCACCUGAUGGUCCCACCAAAAUAAAAAUUUUGAGUGCCAUUGCUGAGGAACAUAAUGUUACAUGGGAUCCUAAAUCAUUUGGAGAGAAAGAUAUGAAGCCUCCUGAGGACUUGCUGCAGAAUGGACCAACUACAUUUGAGCACAGUAAAGUACAUGGUGAGUCUCCUAAUAUCCAAGAGCCAUCUAAUAGUGUUGACAGGGGGCAUCCUAAUUUCAGAGCUCCUUCCAAUUACAAUGAUAAACAUGAACAACAUGUUGACUCAUAUGGAUACAAUUCAAGAUCAUCACAACAUUUCCAGAAUGUCUCUUCUCCUGCUGUUAAUACUGGUCAGGCAAUGCCAUCUGGCACAUCUCACCUUGAUCCAAGAACUGUAGGGACUGGAUCUAAUGAGAGAGAAUUUAGGGAUUCGCAUGCUGCAGAACAGAGUGGUUUUUCUUUGGGUAGGAACAGUUGGAAUAUGGAAUUCAAGGAUGCCACAGCUGCUGCUCAGGCAGCUGCAGAAUCUGCAGAACGAGCAAGCAUGGCUGCCAGGGCUGCUGCACAACUUUCAAGCCAAGGAAGGAUAACCAGGCAACAUUCAACAGAAACUAAGAAGGCACCUGUUUUCAGAUCAAGAGAUGAGGGGCUUCAAACGUAUGCUGGCCCCAGAGUGGAAGGUGAACAUAAUGACAGAGAUCCAGUAAAUAACACGCCUCCUAGAAGGAUAAUCAGGCAGCAUUCAACUGAAGCAAAGAAGACCUAUGUUUCUAAAUCAAGAGAUCAAGGGCUUCAAACAGGUGCUAGCUCCAUAGUGCAAGGUGAACAUCUUACCAAAGAUCCAGUAAAUAACACCCCUUGCAGAAGUAGUAAUUCUGGCAUGAAUCAUGAACAAAGUUUUGAAAAUGAACAAGAUGACCUGGCAGGAUUGGCUGAAAGGUUUAACAAUCUCAAGAGCACUGAUAAAAAUUCUCAGUUGGCUUCCUCAAAAUCCAGCAGUACUUCUGUGGAUGAUUACCCACAGAUGAGUGAUUUUCAAAUGACUGAUAGUCAUUCUAGAAAGAACUCUGAUGAAAUGAGAUCAGAAGGUUAUUUUGCAGUCACAGGCUUUAGAAAACAGUCUAGCAGCAUUUCCUCUCAUUCUCAAAUUCCUAGAGACGAUCACAACGUUUUUUCCAGUUUCAGCCACCAGAAGUUUAGUGAGGAAGCUGCUAAGGAACCUUUUGAUCAGGGGAACUUCCAAGGAAAUACCAAAGAAACAAGUCCAUUUGAUAAUGCUUCUGUGGUUUUUGAUGAUUCUGGUUCAGAUGAUGAUGGAUUUAAGCUUGAUGAGAAGGGUGAAUAUAAUGGCCCAGAUUCGGGUUCAUAUAAUCUGUCAGACUCAGAAGAUAGAAAAUCUUCUCAUAUUUUAGCAAAUACAAGUGCUAACAGCCUCAGGCUAAACGUGGAGAAGUCACUAGGAAAGUCCAGUUUGCAAUCUCCUUUUGCCUCAGACUUGCCCACUACAAGUGUAUUUUCUGAAGGUUUGACAAGUGAUACAGUUUCUUCUCCUGCUGAUGAAUUGUUACCUGUCACUUUUGAUGAUUCAGAUUGCCCAAGUUCAGAAAGUGAAGGGGAGCCCAACAAUUCUAAGCUUAUUGGGAGUACACGUACUGGCACUUUUCCUCAUAAAGAUAUUGCUUCCUCUGGUCACCCUGAGACAACCCAGAAUGAGAGACACCACUUCCUUGGGUCUUCACUAGCAGAGAAGGAAAAUAUGGGAUUAAACAGAAAAAACCAGGGAAAUGAAGUUGAUCCUCAAAAUGAUAGUAAGUUCAGUUACAAUUACUUGCAGAGUAAUCUAACUUCUAGCAGGCUUGCAAAACCCCAAUCUAAAUCCAAUGACAAUUCAAAACCUGCAGGGUUUUCAUCAGUCAAGGAUGAUGUUCAAAGAUAUCAAUCACUGGAUAACUUGGAGGAUACUAUAUCUAUUAAAGGAUCGAGUUCAGAAAGUGGUAAAGAGUUGAAUUUUGGAAUCUUGACCGGUGGCCUUCGAAAUAAGGGUUAUAAGCAUCCACCUUACCGUAGGAAUCCAUCAAAUAAUUCUUCACUGUCCAAGCAAGCAGCAGAGGAUAAUUCUGCCAGAGUUAAGCAGUCCUCUUCUUUCCUCAGGGUUGAUAGUGGUUCUGGAUCUAGAGAUGAAGAGCCAUACACUGAGGUGGUGCACACAAAAAUAAAUAAAAAUGCAAGCUUAGGUACCCCGCUUUCACAUUCUGAUGCCCGUGAUGAUGAGCCAGGUGAGGCACUUCCACAGCAGACUCGAGAGCCAUACAUUCAAGAGGCAGCACCUGAAGUGAAUAAAAGAUCAGGCUUAAGGAGCUAUUUUGCUUUUAAUAGUAGUGAUUCUGAAGAGGAUCUUCCUAAACAGACUGGAAACAGAUCUCGACCAGGUCCUGGAUUUUCUAGACGAACGAAACAGAUUUUAACUAGUAAUACGCUUGCAGAUUCUGAGAGAAAUUCUUACGAGUCCAGGUUACCUUUUGACUCUUCAAUUACUCCAGAUUAUGCUAUGGAACGCCAGUCAUCUUCAUCGAGUUCCUAUACUAAAGAAGCUCAAGUGAUGCCUACCUCACAGGAAAAGGGUUCUCAUUAUCGGGGUAGUUCUAAGCAGGGUAGAUCAACAGGACAAACUUUCUCCAAGCCAAUUUCAGAAUCGAAGCAGUCCGUGCUUGAGGAAUCAUCCUCAAGGAGUUCUUACACUACUGAUACUCAACAUUAUCCUCCUCAGUCCAAAAAUUCAGAUAACUGGAGAAGUUCUGAGCAGCAUAGAUCAGCAGAACCAUCCAAGCCAAUUCAGGAACCUAAGAGGUCCUCACAAGAAGAAAAUCGCAAGUCAUCAGCCAGGGAGCAACCAUCUAAUCCUCCACCCAGAACAGCAUCAUCAGGUGCUGGUGAAAGCACAAAAGCAUCUUAUUCAAAGGAUGCUACUCCUCCAUCCAGGGAGAACUCCAUUAAUAAGGCCAGUCAUGUUCACCCAAAACUCCCUGAUUAUGAUGCUUUAACUGCACACCUACUGUCUCUUCGACAAAAUCGCCAAUGAAAUAAAGUUGUUUCAGAAGAUAAGUAGAUUUGUUCUGGUUCAUUAUUCUUUUUGUUGCUAUUAUAGGGUUACUCAUAAAUAAAGUUCACAAGUUGAAGGGAUUAUUAUUAUAGUUUUGCAAAUUACAUAUUUUCUCCUUCCUGUAUUGUGUUGCUGCUACUAUUUUUAAGUAGUAAUGUAAAUUAUCUUUCCCACGCUGUGGUGGAUGGCUAUAUGUGCACUGAGAUUGUAGAUUAAGUUGUUC